AAGCUGCUUUGCCAACCGCCAAAAAACAAGAGAAGAAGAAGAGAUUAUCUGGGUGAAAGUUCAGUCGUGUUGCGCGUCUAUCCGGAGCUCAAACCGUCCAUAUCAAAAUCACUAUCAUGUCUCUCUUAAGAGGUGUGUUUAUUGUCUCGGCUAAGAGGACACCGUUUGGCACAUAUGGAGGUGUUCUGAAGGAUCACAGUGCUACAGAUCUGGCUGAGCAUGCAGCUAAAGCUGCUCUCGCUGCUGGUAAUGUGGCACCUGAGAUAGUCAACAGUGUCAUCAUGGGUAAUGUCAUGCAGAGCUCUGCGGACGCUCCUUACAUCGCACGACACGUGGGUCUCCGGUGCGGUGUUCCCAUACCAGUACCAGCACUGACUGUAAACCGCCUCUGUGGAUCAGGAUUCCAGUCUAUAAUCAGCGGAGCGCACGAGAUCUGUCUUAAAGAAUCUGAGAUUGUUCUGUGUGGUGGCUCAGAGAGCAUGAGUCAAGCUCCUUACGCUGUCCGGAACAUUCGCUUCGGAACCAAGUUUGGAGUUGAUUUAAAGCUGGAAGACACACUGUGGGCAGGACUGACUGAUCUGCACAUAAAGCUGCCCAUGGGCAUCACAGCAGAAAACCUGGCAGAGAAAUACCAGAUCACACGAGACGACUGUGACCAGUACGCGUAUCAGACACAGCAGAGGUGGAAAGCAGCUCAUGAGGCUGGCUUUUACAAUGCUGAGAUUGCACCUGUUGAAGUCAAAGCGAAGAAGGGCAAAGUGCCAAUGACACACGACGAGCACCCGCGUCCACAGACCACACUGGAGCAGAUGGCAAAACUGCCACCUGUCUUCAAGAAAGGUGGCACAGUCACUGCUGCCAAUGCUUCAGGCGUGUCCGAUGGUGCAGCUGCUGUUGUCAUAGCCAGUGAAGAUGCCCUUAAAGAGCACAAACUCACCCCAUUGGCUAGAAUUGUGGCCUAUCACACCUCCGGCUGUGACCCCAGCAUCAUGGGAAUUGGGCCUGUACCUGCCAUCACAGAGGCCCUGAAGAAGGCUGGUCUUUCCCUCAAAGACAUGGACCUGGUGGAGGUGAAUGAAGCAUUUGCUUCUCAGUAUCUGGCUGUGGCUAAAGCUUUAGGUCUGGACCUGGCGAAGAGUAACGUUAAUGGAGGAGCCAUUGCCCUUGGACACCCGCUUGGAGCCUCUGGAGCUAGAAUCACAGCUCACCUUGUACACGAGCUUAGGAGGCGGGGUGGAAAGUAUGCGGUGGGCUCUGCGUGCAUUGGUGGUGGUCAGGGCAUUGCCAUUAUUCUGGAAAACGCACAAUGAGAAGAUAUCAAGCAUAAAUUCACACCAUCCGAAUUAUUAAAAAAUAGCCUUGUCUUCAGAUGUGGCUUAAAAGGAUGCAUCUAUUUUGCACAUGAAUAAUUAUUCCUCUUAUCAUAUGGUCCUGUAGUCAUGUUAUGUGGCACACAUGAGAACAUGAUGGAAGGUUUUAUGGGAUGUUUAGUUACAGGCAGUAAUAAUGUAAUGUGCCUUGCUGUACAUUUGCCUCUGUGCCUAAUCUAACAGCUCUCUGGAUUAACCUUUUCUCUUUGUGUCUCUCACUCCUUGCUUUUUUCAGGUCUGUAAUAUAUUCACUCCACUGUGUUACAGCAGAAUGUAGUAGAAAAACUCCAAUAUUCAUUGUGGACUUCUAAAAGUUAUUUUGUUUAGAAUCAUGUCUAAAUAAAAUGUAGAGUUGAGAUCCUGUUCAGUUUACUCCCCUGAGUCCUGACUCUUCAUAUCAAUAAAUAAUGAGCUGUUUG